CUCGGUACUAGGCAUCAUGCAGACCCAAGAACAAGCAUAGUAACUAUCCAGGACCAGGCAGGUCAUUCCUGUUCAUAACAAUCUCCAUAUACGUUGCCCAGAACAUCAGGCUCAGUCUUCUCCAGAAAACAAUAAGUGAGAAAAAUCACCUCAGAAAACCAUAAUGCUAUCACAUUCAGACUUGGUCAAAGAGAGGAAGCAGCAAGCAUUCACCAUCAUGAAGGAAAUACAGAGAAAUGAAUCACCAGGAAUAGACCUUGGGAAAAAGGUCAGCAUCCCCAGAGACAUAAUGCUGGAAGAAUUGUCACUGCUUAGUAACAGAGGAGCAAGGCUCUUUAAGAUGCGUCAAAGGAGAUCCGACAAGUACACAUAUGAAAACCUACACUUUUUAUCUAGCAAACCAAGAAAUCUCAACGAAGUAUUGCAGUAUGUUCAACUAGAGGGUAGUGGCCUGGAAGCUGGCCAGCAGCAUGCACCAAUCACACCUCCUAAUACACCUGAUCUACGGGGUCCUCCAAACCCUGAGAGCAUUGCUCCAGGAUAUUCUGGACCACUGCAGACAAUUCCUCCUGAGAGGUUCAACACUACAGCUGUGCCAAAGUAUUAUCAGUCACCUUGGAUCGAAGCCAUCAGCAAUGAUCCAGAGCUGUUGGAGGCUUUAUAUCCUAAACUAUUUAAACCAGGAGAAAAGCCAGAGCUGAUCAACUAUAAGAGCUUUAACAGAGUGGCCACACCUUUUGGGGGCUUUGAGAGAGCAUCAAAACUGGUGAAGUUCAGAGUACCAGAUUACAACUUUCUGUUGCUAAAUGAUCCACGAUUCAUGAUCCUCGCCAAUCCUCUCUCUACCAGGCGGUCCUUCAACAGGACUCCUAAAGGAUGGACCUCUGAGAAUAUCCCCAUAAUGAUAACUAUCCAACCUACAGAGGCCAAUGGAAUUCCAGAAACCGAAGAUCUGUGAAAGGAAAGUGGAGUGUACAUGCUAUAUCAGAACCUGUGCUGUGGUAUUCUGAUUUUUUUUAAAGUAGGCUGUUUCCAACACCUUCCCUAAUAAUGUCUGAUGUAACUUUUGUAGGGUUUAAUUACUUUAUACAUGUAUCACAAAUAAAAUAACUUGGUCAUUAUUCUAA